AUGAGGGAGGUCAUGGAUGAUGCACUCCAACGAUUAUAUUGGGCUUGCCGGCGAAAGGCAAGCUUCCCAGGAGAUGUUCCUGAUGAGUCAACUGGCGUGGUUACCACGGAUGCCAUUCUCAGAGGCCUUCACUUGUCGGGACCGACACUCGACGGCCCCAAACAACCAGACCGACCCGGAGGAAGUCAUGAACACGACAGCCGAGGUCACCAAACGAUAACACCUCCAGCCGAACCAGAUUCUAUUCGUAGCGAUUCUGCCACCUCAAUCUCGCAAUCGUCCUUAGCCAGUCCAUCAAAGUACAGUCAACGACCCCUGGCUAGCCCCUUCCUACCUUCACCGUCGCCGAGCGAACUGAACUUCAGUCUCAAUACAGACAUGCCUCCUUCAACGCAUCGGCGUGUAGGCCUAUCCACACAAUUGCUAGGCUCCAACCAGACACAGACAUUCCAACUCACGGCAAUCAUGGCGUCGAUCCAUACCUAG